UUCAAAAUGGAAGACAAAAGUAGAAGAGGAAAUACGCCUGCUCAUUCUAGAGAGGUUAUAGCUUCAAGAUCAGAACAUGCAGUCAGCAAACCCAUUAUGGUACAGGCACGUGGUCCUCAUUAUGGUGCAUCGGUGGUUUCGCCAAAAUCAAUUGGAGGCGAACAGUCUGGACUUUGUCAUCAAAUGCUUGAGAAUGUUUUGUCGUCUUCACCUGGAAGUCUUAAUGCAAAAUUUGGUGGAAUUUCUAAAAAUGGGAAACCUUCCAAGUUGGCCACAUCUGAAAACAUGGACAAAAAUGGCAUUACAACAACAAACGUGCCACGAACAAGUUAUCCCUCAACGACAACAACAAUGGUCUCAUCAUCUACACAAAUCACUUCAACUCAUUCUCAGCCUGUACCUAUUCCAAAUCCUUAUUCUAAUGUUGGAGGGGCAGAUAUUAUUGGUGGAUGUCAUAUGAUUGGAACGCCAGAAUUUAGUCAGUAUCCUUUCAUGGUUCCUGGUCAACCAGGCACUCCAAUAAUUUAUGCAACAAGACAAAAUGCUUCUGUCCUUGGCUCAACACCAACAAAUUAUGGUUAUGGCUCUUGGGAACACGCUGUAAGCAAUCCAAUCAUGGUACAAGCACGCGGCCCUCAUUAUGGUGCAAUGAUGGUUUCACCAAAAUCUGGAGAACAAUCUGGUUUAUGUCAUCAAAUGCUUGAAAAUGUGCUGUCAUCGUCACCUGGAAGUCUGAAUGCUAAAUUUGGUGGAAUUUCUAUUAAUGAUAAGCCUUCAAAGCUGGCAACUGUUGAUAUGAGGUUUUUAUAUUUUUUUAAACUUUAA